AUGGAUCGCCAGUCGUACAACCUGUGGACGAAGAGAUUUUGGCAGUUGCACCUGCACGUCAAAAUAUUGAAAGUAAUCGAACUCAAGUAAGUGUUCUUGUCUUAUGUUUAAAAAUAAUCACAUUUUAUAGUAUUUUAUUUAUAGUGUUUUUUGAACAGUAUACUACAGAACGUGUAUUUGCAUAUUGAGUAUUUAUUUACUUAGUUUUGUGAAUGCAAGAAUACAUGCAGCAAGCGAAGUGGGAGGAAAAGACGUGGGUGCCCGUGUCGCGAUGAUAUGCUUGCUUGCACUCAGCAAUGCUCAUGUGGAACAAAAAAGCUCUUUGCAGAAAGAUACGAACGCUGGAAGAAACGCUUUCGAGCACCAUCGAAUUGCUGUUGAAGAAGCCAGACAACAAAUAACGGUAGGGAUAUAAACGAACUUUGCUUUCAGUUGCCUUAUACCUACCUGUCUGGAAAGUUUAAAGCAAAAGUGCUGACUGAAUACAUCUUUAGUCCAUACAGUUUGUUCCAAGUUUGUGCCCUUCAGUUACUUUUAUAAACAACUGUACGACAAAAUUUGUAACGGAUGCGAUCAUCAUUUAAAUUCCAGUGUUGGUAGCCUGUAUCUUUGUGGUUGUAUUAAAAUGUUCAGCACACGUGUAAACAUGAGAAAAGUAUUGUUGGCUUUUAAAUAUUAAUAUUUACUUUUGUUACAGGACUUUAUUACCAAUUUGAAUGGAGAGCAAAAGGACAAAAUAUUGUUAGAAAUAUUGUCAAAUGGCAAAGGAAGUUUGGAUUUUGCAAUAAAUCUGGUGCAAUUUGGAGGAGACCCACCCAUGCAGCCUCAAACAAAACCAUCCUGGUGUACAUGUGGGGUAUGCCGACCAAUGCCAACGGAUCAAGAGAACAAAUGUUGUGGAAAAAUAAAGUGCACAACAUCAUAUGUGACAUUCCAGAACACUUGUCUCGAGAGAGAUGUAUUAAUUAUGGCUAUUAGAGGAAGAUGUGAUUUGAGGGCAGAAGAACCCGACUAUUCUACAAACAGUUUUAGGAAGGCGACAUACCUACAUUUUAUGGAGGUACAAAAAGUUAGGGAAGGGUAA